AGCACUCGAGGUCUCCUCUAAGGCUUAGGCAUAGCAGGAGGAGUAGAAGAGACAGAAGCCCUUCUCCAUACUCAUCUCAUUCGUAUAGCAGGUGAUACCCGUAGUAUUUCUGCCUCUAUUCGUUUACAUUAGUUAUCAUUGGUUUAUACGCGAAAACAAUUGUAAGAAAGAAUUGGUGGAACACUGUUAUUAGAUAUGUAAAGUGUACAGAGUUAAGAUGAUAUCAUCUGAUCUUAUCAAUUGCUUUUCCUUAAGUUCCUACUUAUAUAUAUUGUCUACCCUUCUCUAAAAGAGAGUGCAAUGUCUGGAUUCUUCUGGCUCUCUAUCGUAAGCAUUUUUUGAGUGAUGGUUCUUAUUGGAGAUAUAUCGUAUCUAUUUGGCUGUUUUGAGCUGUGCUUAAAUUUGUGGUAAGAGAUUAUGUUUUAUGACCUGUGCUUUGCGGUUUUAGGCAAUGAAACCUGUAUAUUCAGUAAAGACGUAAGUUUAGCUGGGAUAUUAGCACUACUGAUAUUCUGAUCUAGUUUAUAUUCUAGCUGUAUGUCUAGAUGGCGUGAUUAUUUGUUAGGAUCAGUUUUAAGAGCAACUUUUAUGUUCUUUUAAAUGGAGUUUGUUAGCAAUCAAGAUAGAAAACCACCACAAUUCCUUAGGUAAGAUAAUAUAGUAAUUUGUUGAGAACAUGACUGAGAAGCUAGGAAAAUGAUACAUGCUCUUACCAUUAUAAAAAGCUCAAUUUCUUCCCCUUCCCACGGGAGGGGAAAUGAGCAGCUGAUGGAUUGCUGUUGGGUGUUCUUUCAUUGAUCCCUUGUCUCGUUAGCUUCUUCGUGUGAUAAAAGUUGGAGCUGAUUAUUCUUUACAGUGUAUGAGGCGAAAAAGUCGCUCUAUUUCUCCUAGGCGCCAUCGAAGUCGAUCUGUUAGUCCUAAGAGACGUUCUCCAACCCCAAAACGUUACAAAAGACAAAAGAAUAGGAGUUCAACUCCAUCUCCUGCAAAAGGAUCUCCUGCCGCAACCCUUGAGUCAGCUAAACAUAGAAAUGGAGAAAAACUUAAAAGAGAAGAGGAAGAGCGAAAAAGGCGACAGCAGGAAGCGGAACUGAAGCUAAUAGAGGAAGAAACAGUAAAACGGGUUGAAGAAGCUAUUCGAAAAAAGAUCGAGGAAAGCUUACAGUCUGAGAAAAUAAAAUUGGAAAUUCUAACGCUGUUGGAGGAAGGGCGAAAGAGACUUGAUGAAGAAGUCGCGGCUCAACUUGAGAAGGAGAAAGAGGCUUCUCUUAUUGAGGCUAAAGAAAAAGAGGGUGUUAUGCGGUGUUUGUCGCAGGAAAGAGAGCAACAAGAGAAAGAAGAGAGUGAGAGAAUAGCGGAGGAGAACCUUAAGAGAGUGGAAGAAGCUCAGAGAAAAGAAGCAAUGGAGAGGCAAAGGAAAGAGGAGGAGCGGUAUCGGGAGCUCGAGGAGCUGCAGCGACAGAAAGAAGAAGCAAUGCGAAGGAAGAAAGCGGAAGAGGAAGAAGAACGUCUCAAACAGAUGAAACUUUUGGGUAAAAACAAAUCACGCCCUAAAUUAUCUUUUGCCUUAAGCUCCAAGUGAAUGCAUGCAUGAAGAUAAAAGGAUUGUAAAGGAUGAUAUGCAUUUUCUUCCUCUCAAAGAUGCUUUAUGAUUAUUUUUAUUAUAGUGCUUCUUGUUGGAGCUUAAACUCUUCUAUGGCUUUUAAUUUUUUGUAAUUCUAGUUUCUCGUUUGUACUUUUACGUUAGGUUAAUGGUGAUGAAUGAUAAUAUAGCAAAAAUGAUUCAGAAAA